AUGGAUAAGCACGGCGUGAAGAGCCCCUUAUGGAAGAAGGAACUGGAGGAACCUCGGGUCAAGGAGAUGGAGGAAAAAGAAGAGGAAGAAGGGUCGGAAGAGGAAGACGAGAAGAGGCAGAUGGCGGAGAGCGAGACCGCAGGCAAGGAAGUGGCUGCAGAAGGCGAGGGGCGCGACCGGGGCUCGGUGUCCUAUUACCCGCUGCGCCAGGAGUCCAGCACCCAGCAGGUGGCGCUGCUGCGGCACGCGGACGGCGGCUUCUGGGCCUGGUUCAGCCCCUUCGCGCUGCUCGGAGGUUUGGGGGCUCCCGCCGACAGAAAGAGGAGCCUCCCGGAGGAACCCUGCGUAUUGGGGAAGCGGCGGCAACGGCCGCGUGGUGGGGGCUGUGCGCGCUGCGAGAUCCUUUUCUGCAAGAAAUGCAGGAGUCUGCACAGCCACCCAGCCUACAUAGCGCACUGCAUUCUGGAACACCCGGACCUGGGUGAGGUGAGGGCUUCAGGAAGGGCGGGAGCCGUCUGGGGCUCUUGA